CGGCGAAGGUGCCGCCACCGCGGGGGCGCCGGAGGAGGCGGGGAUGGGCCUCGACAUCUCGCGCGGGGGCGGGCUGCCCAGCUUCGAGUUCGCGUUCAAAUCAGAGAGCUUCUCCGACCGGGUGCUGUGGCUGGAGGUCGUCGCCAGCCACGGAGGACCCCUCCCCGACUUGGCGUUCCACCGCGAGGAGGAAGCAGAUGGAAAAAGUAUUGACUCUUCUUGGACCAUGGUGUCUACGCCAGUUUUACGAGUAAAGACCAUUUACAUCAAUUCGGUUGUUCUCGCUGCAAAUAGUCCAUUCUUUCUUAAGCUUUUCUCAAAUGGCAUGAAAGAGUCUGAUCAGAGGCAUCUAACAGUCCGAAUUGCUGAUUCGGGAACGGAGGAAACUGUCAUGAUGGAGAUUUUGAGCUUUAUGUACACUGGAAAGUUGUCAACAACUGAGCCGAAUCUUCUGCUCGACAUCUUGAUGGCCGCUAACAAAUUUGAAGUUCUGGCUUGCAUGAGACAUUGUAACCAGUUACUCACAAACUUGCCUAUGACCAGAGAGUCUGCAUUGCUCUACCUAGAUUACCCAUGCUCCACUUCAGUGGCUGCUGAAAUUCGGCAUCUGACAGAUGCAGCCAAGGAAUUCCUCGCCAGCAAAUACAAGGUUGGAUUCGACCGACCCUGCCCACAGGUCAUUGAAGCCAUCUUUUCUAGUACUGACCUACAGAUAAGAUCUGAAAAUACCGUAUAUAGCUUCUUGCUUGAGUGGGUGUGCAAGCAAUACCCAGAAACAGAGGAGAGGCACAAGAUAUGGAGUUCUCGCUUACUUCCACUUGUGCGCUUCAGUCAUAUGACUUGGAGUAAACUCCACGAAGUCCUGACAUGCAGUGAUGAUGAUGUGGACAAUGAGCAAACAAAGAAGCUUAUUACUGAUUCUCUCUUGCACAAAGCUUACCCAGCACAUGAGCAAGCCACUAUUGAGGCAGACACAAGAACCUGUUGGCAAGCCCCACAGCGAGCUUACAUGCUUAAACCAAUCAAAGUGGUUGAAUUCGACCGGCCCUGCCCAGAGGUCAUUGUUUACUUGGAUCUAACACGCGAGGAGUGCUCCCGGCUGUUCCCAACAGGAGACAUUUUGACACACUUGUUCCAUCUUGCUGGACAAGAUUUCUUUCUCACAGCAAACUGUCAAAUGGAUGAGCAGAGAAAAUUCGUGACCAGAUUGGAGGACAAGGCUACCUCCAGCAAUGAUUGGAUGGAGGGAUGCAAUGAUCUUUUUGAGGUUCCAUGGUCGACGUUCAUUUCCAACGACAACCUCUUCAUCGAUGGCGUGCUGCAUCUGAGAGCUGACUUGAGGGUGGGGGUGGUGGCGCAGCCGGGACUAGAGACUUGA